ACAUCCAUCUCCAAAAAUCACAUUAUUUAAAUUUUUAAAUAUAAUAUCAUUCAAAGUUUUUUUUAUUUUUGCUUCCAGUAUGAACGCGAAUGGGUUUGAACAAUGGGGAGGCUAUAUGGAAGCAAAAAUCACCAAGCUCGAGGAACAAUUUUCCGCUGGUAGCAAUCCCUAUAGAAAAUCUAAUUUAUUUUCUGGAAUAUCCAUAUUUGUUAACGGUUUAACUAAUCCUUCAGCUGAUGAGUUAAAACGAAUCAUGAUGGUUCAUGGAGGGAUCUACCAUCAUUAUGAACGUUCACAUACUACAUAUAUUAUAGCAUCUAAUUUGCCAGAUGUAAAAGUUCGUAAUAUGAAUACCAGUAAAAUUAUAAGCCCACAAUGGGUGGUCGACUCGGUAAAAGAAAUGCGCGUAUUGGAUUAUACCCGUUAUUUAUUGUAUACAAAUCAAAAAGUAUCGCAACCAAGCUUAGUCUUUAAGAAUGUUAAAAAGAGUGUUUGUGAGAAUGAUCAAUCAAAAAAAGAAAAUCACAACGCUACACAAUGUAAUAACGCUGUAGUUUCGCCCGAUACAAGUACAUUGACAGAUGUUGAUAAAAUCAGUGGAAAAGAUUUGGCGCGUACUGCUGUGGAUCCGAAAUUUCUUUCAGAAUUUUAUAAUAAUUCGAGAUUACAUCAUAUCGCAACACUUGGUGCUGGUUUUAAGCAGUACGUCUCCGAUUUGCGUGAUCAACAUGGCACAAAAGAUUUUCCAGCACGAAAGGAACUAAAGGAAAAACUAAAUGUUGGUGGAAAUCUAAACACUAAAACAUCUAAAAAAUAUGUAAUGCAUAUCGAUAUGGAUUGCUUCUUUGUGUCGGUUGGCCUGCGGAAAUAUCCCGAAUUAAAGGGUCAACCAGUGGCUGUGACACAUUCUAAAGGCGGAUCCAGCGCAAAUGAAGUGCCCGUUCACCCUAGCGCUGAUCGCAAAACUGAAAUGGAAUUGUUUGCAAAGCGUUUUGAACAACAUUUACACAAUAAUAUUUUAUCUGAGAAGGUACGUGGAGGUUUCGAAGCUAAAAUGUCACUUUCGGAAAUUGCUUCUUGUAGCUACGAGGCCCGCGCCAAAGGUAUACGCAAUGGCAUGUUUGUCGGAAAAGCUUUAAAUUUAUGUCCCGAGUUAAAGACCAUACCUUAUGAUUUCGAAGGCUAUCGUGAAGUAGCUUACACCUUAUACGAUACUAUAGCGCAGUACACCUUAAAUAUUGAGGCUGUAAGUUGUGAUGAAAUGUUUGUUGAUUUAACGGAGGUAUUAGACGAGAUGCAAGUGGAACCCAUGGAUUUUGUGCGUGCUGUGCGCGAAGAAGUGCGAGCAAAAACUGGAUGUCCAUGUUCCGCAGGUGUAGGUGGAAAUAAAUUGCAAGCACGUAUGGCAACAAAACAAGCCAAGCCAGAUGGUCAAUACUUGUUGCUACCAGAAGUUGCUGAGAAAUAUAUGGCAAAUAUAAAAAUCGAAGAGUUACCCGGUGUGGGAAGUAGCACGGCUUAUACUUUGAAAAAUAAUAAUUUAGUAACUUGCGGAGAUCUUCAAAUGAUUUCGUUAUUGAAAUUGCAAAUGCAUGUUGGCAAAAAAUUUGGAGAGACGCUUUAUCAGUUCUGCCGUGGUAUCGAUAAUCGACCGCUGACUUAUGGUCAAAUACGUAAAUCUGUUUCAGCCGAAGUAAAUUAUGGUAUACGAUUCAAAGAAUUUAGUGAAUUGGAAACAUUUUUGCGGCAAUUAUGCACUGAAGUGCACACUCGCCUUACCGACAUAAAACGACGCACGAAAUGCAUUACCCUAAAGGUAAUGGUGCGUGCCAAAGAUGCGCCCCUUGAGGCAGCCAAGUUUAUGGGUCAUGGCGUAUGUGAUCACGUGACAAAAUCAGUUUCACUAUCAGAUUAUACAAGCGAUGUAGAAGUAAUCAUACGAACCGUAAUUGCUACAAUGAAGGCAUUAACGAUACCACCCAAUGAAUUGCGUGGCAUAGGCAUUCAACUUUCUAAAUUAAAUGAUCCUAACGAAGGCAAAGCACAUAAGGAGAAUGCAAUAAUGAAUAUGUUUAGCAAAGUGGUGGAAAAGAAAAAAGACAAAAUCAGUGAACCGUCCGAUAAUAAUAGUGACUGUAUUGUCAUAAGCGAUAAUGCUGGUACCACAAAUGCCAAUGUGCCAAUAAUAAGUAAGCCAGCAUCAAAUGAACACAAAUACGAACAAAACAAUAAAGAUAUUGGAAAGCGCACUCGGGGUAAGGCCACUAGUGUUGUCUCGGAGAAGAAAUCCAAAAAAACACCUGAUAUAUUGGACUUGAUGCAAAAGGCCAAACAAAAGCAACCAGUUGUAUCUGUAAGUAACGCUGCGACUAUUAAUAAUUCCAUACCGAAGGAUAUCGAUCCAGAUGUUUUUGCGGCUCUACCAGCCGACAUACGUAAUGAAAUUUUGCAAGCUCAUAAUGAAAGUAUAAAACAAACAACGAAACCAGUUAUGCCAGUUCAACCGCCAACCAAUUCGAAUUUAAGCAUUCUCAACGAAAGUGAUUUCCAACCAUCAACGUCCAAAGCAGCAGAACACAGAAAACAACGUAAACAGCUGCAGAAAUUACAAAAGCAACAAGAAAAUCAUCCAUACGAACAUAAUUCAUCAGAUGUGCCGCAUGUUGAUCCGGAAUUUCUAGCGGCGUUGCCACAAGAGUUGCGUAUGGAACUUGAGAAGGAAUAUGCGCAGCUACCGGGAAAAAGCAAGUCACCUGAUCUUAAGAAAAUACCUAGCACACAGACAGCUGCUAAUACUGACGCACAGCGGCCGGAAAUACAAAUAUCUGCCGACAAUAUUUUCAUGCAAGUGAAUUGUAAAGAAAUGAUUUUAGCUUGGUUAAAGAGCGCCGACAAACCAGAAGCAUAUGAUGUUGAUUUAAUUGCCAAACACGCCGAAGAAAUGGUCAGUGCUGAUGAAAUUGAUACACUAUACACGCCGCUGAUUUAUCUCUGCAAGUUAAUAAAUCACCAGAAGAGUAGUGGUACACCCAGUGAUUGCGUGUGGCAUAAAGCCUACCUUGACAUAAUUAAAGUAGUUCAGAAGAGAAUGGCCGAAGCUUAUAACGGCCGUAGUCUGUUUUUGGGCGCGAAGUUGAAAUGUGAUAAUUGUGAUAAUUCGUAAUUAACAUAUUUAGAGCUUUCCUACUCUCAAGUAUUAAGCACUUCACCACCAACCACUAAGUGGUAAAUCUGAUGGCUCAUUGUGGUAACUGACUUUGUUGGGAGUCGUAAAGUAACGUAAACGGCUACGAAUUCGCUGGAGUUUAUGGGGUAACUACCUUAUCACUUACACAAACAUUUGAGUGGCACAAAGCAUUCAGUGAAUGUUGUAAAGUUAUCGAAAACUUGCCUCAGCGAGGUGUCAAUCUACCUCUGUUAAACAUAAGAAAACAUUGCUUGAAAAAUGUCAUGUUGGAACGUGAGAUUGUGAAACAAUCUGGCGAACGGUGCUCCAAAAAAGAGUGUAUAUUUGAAGACGAUAACAAAGAUUUAAAUUAAAAUAUGUCA